UCCACGCGACCUUCACGUUAAUCUGGCUCGUAUUUUAUUCGCAUUGUUUGAAAUAAACAAGGAAAUAAUCGAUAAUUAACAAAUUUAAUCAUAAAAAGUGUCAAAAAUGGCAAGCAAAGUCCAAAACAUUAAAACCAAUGGUGGGAUAAUCAUCCCCAUGUUGGGUUUAGGAACGUGGAAGUCCAAACCUGGGGAAGUAACUCAAGCGGUGAAAGACGCAAUUGACAUCGGGUACCGUCACAUCGAUUGUGCUCACGUUUAUUGCAAUGAAAAAGAAGUUGGUGAAGCGAUCAAAGCUAAAAUCACCGAAGGUGUGAUAAAACGUGAAGAUAUUUUCAUCACCAGCAAACUAUGGAACACUUACCACCGACCGGAUUUGGUCGAAAAGGCUCUCAAAACAACACUUUACAAUUUAGGGUUAGAAUACCUUGACCUUUAUUUGAUCCACUGGCCUUUUGCCUUGAAAGAGGGCGAUGAAUUGUUUCCAGUAGAUGGGUCAGGAAAGGCGAUUUAUAGCGAGGUUGAUUAUGUCGAUACGUGGAAAGCGAUGGAAGAAGUGAAUAAAAAGGGCCUAACAAGAUUAAUCGGAAUCUCAAAUUUCAACAAGAGACAAAUUGAGCGACUUUUGCAGAACGCCACGAUUGUUCCAGCGACUAAUCAAGUCGAAUGUCACCCCUAUUUGACCCAAAUAAAACUCUCCAAUUUUUGUAAAUCUAAAGGAAUCACGAUCACAGCGUACAGUCCCUUGGGAUCCCCCGAUCGGCCAUGGGCUAAACCCGAAGAUCCCCUCUUACUUGAAGAUGAGAAAAUUAAGAAAAUUGCCGAAAAAUAUAAGAAAACUCCAGCGCAAGUCGUCUUAAAGUACCAAAUUCAAAGAGGACAUAUUGUAAUUCCCAAAUCCGUGACUAAAUCAAGGAUUAAGGAAAAUUUCGAUAUUUGGGAUUUCGAACUCGCAACUGAUGAUAUCGAAAUGAUCAACACGUUUGACUGCAAUGGACGAAUUUGUCCUUAUGUGGAUGCUGUCACACACAAAGACCAUCCUUUUGCCAACGAUGAAUUUUAAUUAAUAAAUUGUGUAAUAAAAUGUGUUUAUAGAAUGA